AUGUCCGCCGAGGCCGUAGCAGACCUGGAGAGGCGUGCCGCCGCCGCUGAAACCGCAAUUGGGGAGUUGAGUUUGCGACUUCAAACAAUGGGCUCGAGUGUCGGGGCAGGUAUUGAACCAAGGCUACGAGAACUGCUUAAACUAAUGCACGAAGACCGCGCAGAAUUUGAGGCAGUGCGGGCCCAGCGCGAUGAGCUGAAGGAAGAAAACGAGAGACUCAAGAUACAAGUGGCAAAGCAUGAGUAUCGCAUCAAACACUUAUUGAGAACAAUAGAGGAAAUCUCUCCGGAGGAGAACUCGUAG